CCUGUGACGGUGCCUCAGUAUCUCAUGGCUGUUGACCUCGCUGUGUCCAUCCCGACGGUGGUUGGGAGUCUACUAUCUGCUCUUGCGUCGGCUUUUGUUCUCGUCAUCUUCGCCAUCUCACCAAAAAACCAUUUCCGCCAUUGGCUAAUUCUCAAUCUAACAAUCGCAGAUUUCAUUAAUGCCACAAACAAUACCGUUUCAGGAUUCUUAGUCCUCAGUGGGCACCAUGACCUCAGCCCUGGCCCUGGCUGCCAGUUGAAUGGUUGGAUUGGCCAAUUCUCCGUCCAAGUUCGUUUCACCAGCGUCCUCGAUAAUAGGCCUCCCUUCUCAUCAUGUAUUGCGCAGGCGAUUGAUUUUUCGAUUCUGGCCAUAGCCAUGGUCGCGUUGUGGAUUGUGCAACGGCCAACCAUAGUGUCAACUUUAAGCUGGAGGGCCAAGGUGAUAUUGUGCAUCUCAAUCUGGAUUACCCCCUUAAUCACCAGUGAGUGCUCAGUCCUUGCCCCAGUUCUGCAUCCGUACUCCUUCCGGUUCGCUGGUUUCGGCCCACCUUACUCACUCAUGGCAGGUACUACGGCAGUGGGCCUGGGGAUUAUUGGACCCGUGAGCGGCAACUGGUGUUGGAUCGAGUCACAAUAUCUAGGCUUACGGUACGCCCUUGGUCAUGCCUGGCGAAUCGCGAUUGUUUUCAUUACAGCCAUAACGUAUAUUGUGGUCUUCGUCGUGGUGAAGCGCCGCUACGAGCAUCUGAGCCUAUUCCCGAACGGUGAUACAACAUCUGGCCGCGAUAAAUCCAGGUCCACAGAAGGGGAUCCCAUCGAUCUGUCGUCCAUAAGGUUGGAUACGACAAUCACUGUCCAGAGUAUCGACGUGGUCAAUAAUCCAGCCAGCACCGGUGGGGUAAGCGAGUCUCCGUCACAGGAUCAGCUCUCCUCGCAGGUCCCGUUCUCCGCAGCGAAAGGUCACCCGAGUAAAUACGACACGACUGCCAAUGAGCGCCGCCUGAGGUAUGCUGACACCCCAGGAAGGGGAGGGGAUUCUACGGAACAGCGAGAUAAGAAGAUCCGAUAUGCCGAAGUUCGCCGUGUUAUGUUGCUGAAUGGCUACCCGGCCUUUUAUGUACUGCUGUGGAUCCCCGGGUUGCUCAAUCGGUUGCUCGAGUCCCUUGGUCAUAAGGUGAGGUGGCUGCAGAUCCUGCAAGCAUCCACGCAAUUCAUCGGCCUUGCCAAUGCUUUCACUUAUUCAUACAAUGAAGGUUUUCGUCGGCAAAUCCGCUCGUUGAUCACAAGACGGAGACGAUCGUACCAUGAGCAGCUGUAA